AGCCCUUGGGCGAAACCAAGGGGACGCUUGAAAGAGGCCAGCUUUCCGUCUUCUUUUUCUUAAUUGAAGGACCCCGCCCCUUAUUGUUUGGGAUGCCUCUGGCCCGCGCAUACUAGAACAACCGAACUGCUGAGUCACAGUGAGCUAGUAAAUCAGGGUUUCGUGGCUAUAUAGCCCCGAGAACAGUUCCAGUUCUCUGGCAGUAAGAUUUUCUUAGGUGUGCGGGGAAACUCUGCAGCUCACUCAGACACCAAGCCUCCAGGCACAUUUAUGCAGUGGCCCCCCUCCAGGCCAUCCGUCUCAGUGGGCCAUCCAAAAAACAAAAAAGAAGAAGAAAAAAAAGGGCUUGAAGUAAGAAUUCACUCUUUGGAUUUCACAAUGGGAAAUCCCAAGAAAGUCACGCUCACGGUUCUCAGCCAGGAGCAGGCCGAAGGUGUGGGCGCUCGAGUUCGGAGAAGCAUUGGCCGGCCUGAGUUAAAACAUCUGGAUCCAUUUUUGCUAUUCGAUGAAUUUAAAGUGGCUAAACCAGCAGGAUUUCCUGAUCACCCACACCGAGGUUUUGAAACAGUGUCUUACUUGCUGGAAGGAGGCAGCACAGCCCAUGAGGAUUUCUGUGGACACAGUGGUAAAAUGGACCCUGGUGACCUGCAGUGGAUGACUGCUGGCCGUGGGAUCCUGCAUGCAGAAAUGCCUUGCUCUGAGGAAACUGCUCAUGGUCUACAACUGUGGGUCAAUUUGAGGAGUUCAGAAAAGAUGGUGGAGCCUCACUAUCAAGGACUGAAAAGUAAAGAAAUCCCCAAACUCAGCAAGAAUGGUGUGACAAUAUCUGUUAUCUCAGGAGAAGCCCUAGGAGUUAAGUCCAGGAUUUUUACUCGCACACCUACCUUAUAUUUGGAAUUCAAAUUGGACCAAGGAGCCAAGCAUUGCCAGCCUGUUCCUGAAGGAUGGACAGCCUUCAUUUAUACAGUGUCUGGCAAUGUGUAUAUUGGUCCUAACGGUGAACAACAAAAAGUUGAACCUCAUCACUCUGCAGUGUUGGGGGAUGGUGACAAUGUCCAGGUAGAAAACAAGGAACCUGAAAGAAGCCACUUCUUCUUAAUAGCCGGGGAACCAAUUAAGGAACCGAUUGUGCAACAUGGUCCAUUUGUGAUGAAUACAGAAGCAGAGAUUUCUCAAGCUAUCAUUGAUUUCAGAAGUGGCAAGAAUGGAUUUGAAAGAGCCAGAACUUGGAAAUCCAAGAUAGGAAACUAGUGAAAAAAUAACAAAACUAGGUCUAGCUAAUUACCAGAUUGUUUCCAUUUGUAUUUAACGUUGGAUGAACGUUAAAAAACCCAAAUAUGUACCAAUACUUUUUUUUAAGAUUACACAUUGAAGUAUGAUAAAUGUAUUUAGUUUUAUUAUAUAGAAACAUGUGGAAAGAGAUUUCUGAUAU